ACCCCCUGCUGGGAAGGUAAAGCCAAAGAGCAAGUAUUAGUUUGAGGUUGAAGCAAGAAAUUACAGUCACAUGGAUGCAACCAUUGCUUUAAUGCUCAUAGAAGCUGUAUUGAUUUUGCUGGCUAUAGUAAUUUAUAAAGCUGUCAGAUUAAUCUCUCCACUUCAUACUAUCCGUCCUAUUUCUAUUCAUGAGAGUUCUAAAGAUGAUGUUGAUUCGAUUCCCAUGGUUUGCUCUCCUUCUAAUAUCAUUGUUGCUCCUCCUACAACCAAUUAUGACGUCUUUCUUAGCUUUAGAGGGAAAGACACUCAUGACAGUUUCUCAAGUUAUCUCUAUGAAGCACUUUGCGAUGCAAACCUUCAAACUUUUAUGGAUCACAAGCUCCACAAAGGAGACCAUAUCUCACCCGUUCUUUUGAAAACAAUAGAGGAAUCAGAGAUAUCUUUGAUUAUUUUCUCCAAAGAUUAUGCAUCUUCAACAUGUUGUAUGGACGAGCUUGUUCAUAUUAUGAGCUGUAGGGAUAAAUACCAAAGAGUUAUCAUCCCUAUUUUCUAUGACAUAGAUCCAUCAAAUGUUCGCAAACAAAAUGGAAGUUUUGGAGAUGGAUUUGCUAAGAUUAAGCAGAGAUUUAGCCACAACCAAGAAAAAGUGCAAAAUUGGACAAAUGCUUUGAUCCAAUCAACAAAUCUCUCUGGGUGGGAUUCAAAGAAUAUCAGAUAUUGACAUAAAUGUUCUUAAAGAGAGAGCCCUCACUUCAUUGGAUCAUAACGGCUAUAUUGAGAUGCAUGAUCGUGUGAGGGACAUGGGUGUUGAAAUUGCUAGAGAACAGUCAUUCUCCAAUCCUAAAGGCCCUGUUCGACUGCAAAGUUAUAAGGACAUUUAUGAUUUUUUCAUUAGUAACAAGGUACUA